CUCCCACUUCCGUCCGGAUGCACAGUCUCGUGACAGCUGCUGCCAGUGCUAGUUAAUUAGCCAGUAAUAUUUCUUUCUGCUCGGAAAAUACAGGUUAGCCAGCUAAAUGAAAAGACUUUUGCAAACUCAACACAGCCACCACUGAAACAAAAUGUUGUCUCGUUUGUUAAAGGAGCACCAGGCGAAGCAAAACGAGCGGAAAGAGCUCCAAGAGAGACGCAGGCGUGAAGCCAUUGCUGCAGCCACCUGCCUGACAGAAGCCCUGGUAGACCACCUCAACGUGGGAGUCGCCCAAGCAUACGUAAACCAGCGCAAGCUUGACCAUGAGGUGAAGACUCUCCAAGUUCAAGCUAGCCAGUUUUCCAAGCAGACUGCACAAUGGAUCAGUAUGGUGGAGGGCUUCAAUCAGGCCCUAAAGGAAAUUGGGGAUGUGGAGAACUGGGCUCGCAGUAUAGAGAUGGAUAUGAGGACUAUAGCCACCGCUUUGGAGUAUGUACACAAGGGUCAGCUUCAAUCUGCUUCCACAUAGAUUUUUUCAGUACAGACAUCUGAUUGAUUGCUUGAUUCAAAGCUGAAACUAACUACACUGGAAUGCACCAGAAUUUAGCAGAAAUCUGGUCCAACAGACCCGUUCCAGCAAAGACGGAGGACCUCGCCAAGAACUGUGUUUUUAUGCCGCUCUGAAUGGGCUCAUUCUGAUUUUUGUUGCAGAAAAAUGUACUACAUGUUGUAUUUGAAAAAGAAUGCCACAUCCGCAGUUCUGUUUCUCUUCUACACUUCUCAAAUCCUUAAUGAAGACACAGACUUGUUUCUCCUUGACUAAUGACAUUAACCAGGUCAUUAACCACAGUUGUGCUGGAGUUCUGCUACAAUCAUGUUGGUGAAUUCAGUAAAAUAGACCUGGCAUUUAUGUGGAGGUGGGAAUGUCUUAUCACAAUUAGCUAUUCUAAGUGAACGAAGGACACUCCUCUGUGAAAGUUUGACAUGUAGAAAUUGGAUUUAUUUGCUUGUAAUAGUUUUAAGGGGCCACAGACAUCUCGCCAUCUGUCUGCUUUUCUGUGGUAAACCUUUCUAAUAGCUUAUAAAACAAGCCCAUUCUUCAGCGUCCAAUCCCUGGAUUAUGUAUGUCUGCAUGUAAUGUUGCCUACACUGUAUUUCUUAGACAACUUGUCUUUGUAUGUGUCUUUAUUUUAUAAACCUUUUGUUUGUCGCAGCAUUGUUUAUAGUAAAGUCAUAGUAAAAUUGCA